AUGGAGGCGGGCGCCCCGACCAUCAUCCCCAACGCGGAGGGCGCCCGCACCACGCCCAGCGUGGUGGCCUAUUCGAAGAGCGGCGAGAUGCUGGUGGGGCAGAUCGCGAAGCGCCAGGCCGUGAUCAACCCCGAGAACACGUUCUAUUCGGUGAAGCGCUUCGUGGGCCGCAUGGCAUCCGAGAUCGAGGAGGAGCUGAAGGAGGUGUCCUACAAGGUCGAGACGCAGGGCUCCAAGCUCAAGAUCGACUGCCCGAUCGCCGGCAAGCAGUUCGCCCCGGAGGAGAUCUCCGCCCAGGUGCUCCGCAAGCUGGCCGCCGACGCGGGCAAGUACCUGAGCGCCACCGUCAGCAAGGCCGUCGUGACUGUCCCGGCCUACUUCAACGACUCCCAGCGCCAGGCCACCAAGGACGCCGGGAAGAUCGCCGGGCUGGAGGUUCUCCGCAUCGUGAACGAGCCCACCGCCGCAUCUUUGGCGUACGGCCUCGAGAAGAAAAACAACGAGACCAUCAUUGUAUUCGACCUCGGGGGUGGCACCUUCGACGUCUCCGUCCUCGAGGUCGGCGAUGGCGUGUGCGAGGUGCUGUCCACCAACGGCGACACGCACCUUGGGGGUGACGACUUCGACAAGGUCAUCGUCGACUGGCUGGCGGAGUCCUUCAAGGCGAAGGAGGGCAUCGAGCUCCUCAAGGACAAGCAGGCGCUGCAGCGCCUGACCGAGGCGGCCGAGAAGGCCAAGGUGGAACUAUCCGGCGUGCAGGAGGCCAAGAUCUCCCUGCCGUUCAUCACAGCAGACGCGACCGGCCCCAAGCACAUCGAGGAGACCCUCUCGCGGGCGAAGUUCGAGCAGAUCGCAAGCACUCUGAUCGGCCGUUGCAAGGCCCCCGUGGAGAACGCCCUGAGAGACGCCAAGAUUUCCUCUUCGGACAUCAACGAGAUCGUCCUGGUGGGAGGGUCUACCCGCAUCCCCGCCAUCCAGAAGCUGGCGAUGGAGGCGGCCGGCGGCAAACAACCGAAUCAGAGCGUCAACCCGGACGAGGUGGUGGCCGUGGGAGCCGCGGUGCAGGCAGGGGUGCUGGCGGGCGAGGUGAAGGACAUCGUGCUGCUGGACGUGACCCCGCUGUCCCUCGGCGUCGAGACCCUUGGCGGGGUGGCCACCGUCCUCAUCUCCCGGAACACGACCAUACCCCCGUGGUCUUCUCCACCGCCGUGGACUCGCAGCCGUCCGUGGAGAUCGUCGUGCUGCAGGGCGAGCGCCAGUUCGCGAAGGACAACAAGAUCCUUGGAACGUUCCGGCUUGACGGGGUCCCGCCCGCCCCCCGCGGCGUGCCGCAGAUCGAGGUGA